AUGUGCGAAAAGCAAGUUGUUGAAGGAAUAAGUGGAAGACCGUUAAGAUUCGGAAGCUCAACCUGUGUCAGCGUGAACAGAAGAGACCGUGGAAGACCGUACAUAUGUACAUAUCUUCUUCCACAAUGCGCAACCGUUUCUUUUCAAACGUUCAUCAUGUUCAAACCAGCAGCUCGUAGCCUCCUCGCCUCGUCUCUUCGGAAUGCGAAACCCAGCCGCAACGCGUUCAACUACGUCCCCGCUAGGACAAUCCUGACCUUGAAGGACGUUAAGUACACCGCAAAUGCUGUAGCGCAAGGCGCAGGACGUAAUGGCUCAGUGUCCUCCAAUGGACUGGAGCUCAAUCUUGCGACGCCCAAAGAACUCGGUGGAACAGGAAAGGGAGAAAACCCAGAGCAGCUUUUCGCUAUGGGCUACUCAGCCUGUCUUCUCGGCGCAAUCCAGGCAGUCGCCAGGACGCAGGGCAAGUCCGAUAUGGCAAAAAACGCGGUUGUCCGCGCCAGCGUGCACAUCGGCGAGCCGAACGAGGCGCAGGGGUUCGCUAUUGCCGUGGAUAUCAAGGUUGAGGGUAUUGACGAAGAGCUGUUGAAGGCUGGACACGCAUUCUGCCCGUAUAGCCGGGCGUUGGGCCAGGGCGCUGUUGUCAAUGUUUCGCUUGCUUGA